AACAGUUUUUCUUUCAGUCUCCGAGUUUCCGAGUUGAGGGUUGUGUGAGUAAUAAAAGAUCUCCUGGAAUAAAUGUUUGCAGGGUCUGAAGGAAAUGAGGGAUUUCUUCGAAGGUUUCCUCAUCUUCCUCAGUUCUUAGAAGUUAAUUUCAGGCGUUUAUGUUUUUUUGUUUUAGUUUAGAGGAGUGCAGUAAUCCUUCAGAAAGUAAAAGUCUCGCUUCAACUCGCCGCCAGUUUUAUGUCGUCGUUACAAAUGGAUCAGAAACGGAGUCAAUUACCGUGACUUCACAUUAACUUUUAAUUAAAGCAGAAGAGCUCAGAAGCUCAGACACUUUUGUGGUAUCUCUGCAAUACUUCAUGUAAUAAUAUUCAAAGAUGGAGAUCUCUGAUCUGGACAUAGAUAAUGGAGCCCCAUCUGCUAAAAAGAGAAAACUCCAGAAAAACAGAUCUGACUCACCGACCCCCAGCUGUACCAAGAGCGAGAUAUCCAUAGAGCAGCCUUAUAACUUUAAAGUUGGAGACUCCUCAUCACUACACAGUGCUCAGCAGAAGGAUUCUUUUAAAUCUGAAGACAGAAUGGAAAAGAGCAUCACCACAGACGCAGGGCAAGAUGCUCCUUCUGCUGGAAGCAAGGUAGAGAAAACCAUCAAGUUAAAUCUGAAGAAGAAAUUUCAGUGUUUGAAUGGAGUGAUGAUAAACCCAGGAACCCAAACCCUCCUGAAUGAGAUCUACACAGAGCUCUACAUCACAGAGGGAGACAGUGGAGACGUCAAUAAUGAACAUGAGGUGAGACAGAUGGAGGCAGCGUCCAGGAGAACAACAACAGAGGAAACACCAAUCAAAUGUAAUGACAUCUUUAAACCUUUAUCUGAACAAGACGAACCCAUCAGAUCUGUUCUGACAAAGGGAGUCGCUGGCAUCGGAAAAACAGUCUCUGUGCAGAAGUUCAUUCUGGACUGGGCUGAAGGGAAAGCCAAUCAGGACGUCCACCUCAUAUUUCCACUUCCUUUCAGAGAGCUGAAUUUGAUGAAGGACCAGAAACUGAGUCUGAUGGAGCUCCUUCAUGUCUGUUUUAAGGAAACUAAAGAAACAGAAAUGUCCAGUUUGGAGAAGGUUGUGUUCAUUUUUGACGGAUUGGACGAGUGUCGUUUUCCUCUAGAUUUCCAGAACACAGUGAAAGUGUGUGAUGUAACUGAAUCAGCGUCAGUGCAGGAGCUGCUGAUAAACCUGAUCAAAGGGAAUCUGCUUCCCUCUGCUCUCAUCUGGAUCACCUCCCGACCUGCAGCAGCUGAUCAAAUCCCCUCUGAGUGUGUGCAUCGAGUCACAGAGGUACGAGGGUUCAAUGACCCACAGAAGGAGGAGUACUUCAGGAAGAGAAUCAGUGACCAGAGCCUGGCCAAUAACAUCAUCACACACCUGAAGUCAUUAAGAAGCCUCUACAUCAUGUGCCACAUCCCAGUCUUCUGCUGGAUUUCAGCCACUGUUCUAGAGAGAAUGUUGGGUGAAGCAGAGAGUGGAGAGAUCCCCAAGACUCUGACUCAAAUGUACACACACUUCCUCAUCAUUCAGACAAACAUCAUAAGAGAAAAAUACUCCAAGAAGCAGGAGAGUGAUGAAGAAAUGCUUCUUAAACUGGGACAACUGGCUUUUCAGCAGCUGAAGAAAAGGAACCUGAUCUUCUAUGAGGAAGACCUGAGAGAGUGUGGCAUUGAUGUGAGAGAAGCAGCAGUGUACUCAGGUGUGUGUACACAGAUCUUCAGAGAGGAGUUUGGGCUUCACCACAGUAAAGUGUACUGCUUUGUUCAUCUGAGUGUUCAGGAACAUCUUGCAGCUCUGUAUGUGCACCUGACCUUCAUGAAGGAGAAGAGGAAUGUUCUGAAAGAGACUGAAGAACUGGAGAUAAAAGAAAUGACAGCCUUGGAUGUCCACAAGAGUGCAGUAGAUCAGGCCAUAAAAAGUCAGACUGGACAUCUGGACCUUUUUCUACGCUUUCUUCUGGGUCUCUCACUGGAGUCCAAUCAGAAACUCUUACAUCACUUAGUAACACAGACAGGAAGUAGCUCCCACAGCACAGAGGAAACAGUUCAGUACAUUAAGAAGAUGAUCAGUGGAGAUGUUCCUACAGAGAAAUCCAUCAAUCUGUUCCACUGUCUGAAUGAACUGGGUGAUAAUUCUCUAGUGGAGGAAAUCCAACGCUACCUGAAAUCUGGAAAGCAAAGUGAACUCUCUCCUUCAGAGUGGUCUGCCCUGGUGUUUGUGUUACUGACCUCAGAACAAGAGCUGGAAGUAUUUGACCUGAGUAAAUAUACCACCACAGACAACAUAUUAGAUUGGGUUCUUGUGAAGGUCAUGCCUGUGGUUGCAGCAUCCAGAAAAGCAUUUAUCAGAUGUGGAACAAUUAAAGGGAGAAGUUGGGCGGCUCUGGACUCAAUACUCAGCCCAGAAAGAGAACUGCAUCUGAGCGUGAAUUCAAUAUACCUGUCUCAGAAUAAACUGGGAGACUCGGGAGUGGAGCGUCUCUCUCUCGUGCUGCAGAAUCCACACUGUAAAGUGGAGACUCUGAGGCUGCAGCUUUGUGGUGUCACAGGUGAAGGUUGUUCUGCUCUGGCGUCAGCUCUGAGAUCAAACCCCUCACACCUGAUAGAUCUGGAGCUGUCUAAUAAUGAACUCGGAGACUCAGGAGUGAAGAGUCUCUCUGCUGUACUGGAGAAUUCUCUCUGUAAAUUGGAGACACUGGGGUUGUGUGAUUGUGGUAUCACAGAUGAAGGCUGUUCUGCUCUGACCUCAGCUCUCAGAUCAAACCCCUCACACCUGAAAGAGCUGCAUCUGUCUAGGAAUACUGUAGGAGACUCAGGAGUGAAGAGUCUCUCUGCUGUCCUGGAGAAUCCGGACUGUAAACUGGAGACACUGAGGUUGCAGUGUUGCUGUGUCUCGGAUGAAGGCUGUGCUGUUCUGUCUUCAGCUCUGAGAUCAAACCCCUCACACCUCAGAGAGCUGAAUCUGUCUCAGAAUGAACUCGGAGACUCAGGAGUGAAGAGUCUCUCUUCUGUACUGGAGAAUCCGGACUGUAAACUGGAGACACUGAGGUUGUUUAAUUGUCGUAUCGCAGAUGAAGGCUGUGCUGCUCUGGCUUCAGCUCUCAGAUCAAACCCCUUACACCUGAGAGAGCUGCAUCUGUCUGAGAAUAAAAUGGGAGACUCUGGAGUGAAGCGUCUGUCUGUUGGACUGGAGAAUCCUCUCUGUAAACUGGAGACACUGAGGUUGUGUGGUUGUGGUGUCUCAGAUGAAGGCUGUGCUGCUCUGAAUGUGGCUCUGAGAUCAAACCCCUCACACCUGAGAGAACUGGAGCUGCAGGGGAAUAAAAUUGGAGACUCCGGAAGGAAUCUGCUGUCUGCUCUUCAGGAUGAUGAACAAUACAGUCUACAGGACCUGAUGUUGUGUAACUGUGACGAUCCUGAAAAAGGCUGGAGGGCUCUGAUCUCAGAGCUUAGCUCAGAAACCUCCAAUCUGAAUGAAAUGCAUCUGACUGUAAAUACAGUGGAUCUGACUGGGAAUAAUGUAGGGGACACAGGAGUGAAGCAUCUCUCGGCAGGACUGGAGAAUCCUCACUGUAAAGUGGAGACGCUGAAGUUGGACUCUUGUCAUAUCUCUGAUGAAUGCUCUACUGCUCUGGCUUCAGCUCUUAAAUCAGACCUCUCACACAUGAGAAACCUGUAUCUGUCUAAGACUAAUCUAGAAGAUUCAGGAGUGAAGUGUCUGUCUGCUGGACUGGCGAAUCCUGACUGUAAACUGGAGACACUGAGAUUGGGGUGUUGUGGUGUCACAGAUGAAGGCUGUGCUGCUCUGGUUUCAGCUCUAACAUCAAACCCCUCACACCUGAAGGAAUUGCAUUUGACUAAGAAUAUUCUAGGAGACUCAGGAGUGAAGAGUCUCUCUGCUGUACUGGAGAAUCCUGACUGUAAACUGGAGACACUGAGGUUGGAUGGUUGUGAAAUCACAGAUGAAGGCUGUGCUGCUCUGGCUUCAGCCCUGAUGUCGAACUCCUCACACCUGAGAGCUCUGGAUCUGUCUGAGAAUAAAAUAGGAGACUCAGGAGUGAAGCAUCUCUCAGCUGCACUGGAGAAUCCAAACUGUAAACUGGAGACACUGAGGUUGUGCUCUUGUGAUGUCUCAGAUGAAGGCUGUGCUCCUCUGGUUUCAGCCCUGAGAUCAAACCCCUCACACUUGAGGGAACUGGAGCUGUAUGGAAAUAACCUGGGAGACUCAGGAAAAAAACUGCUCUCUGCUCUUCAGGAUGAUGUUGAUGAAGUGUUUUGGUGAUGAACAUCUGUGUCUGAAGACUCCUGCAUUUCCAUGUUGGAGAAUAGAGAACACCUUUAUUCACAUGUCAGUCAUUUAGUUUACAUGAAAUAGACUCAGAGAAGUGAAUCAGUGAAUCAUUGAAUCAGUGAAUCAGUGAAUCAGGCUGCACAAACUUCUACACUGAGGCAGUACUGGAUCCAGACAUUAGAUUGAACUCAGAACAGCUGGAAUGGAGACUGUGUGUUGAUCAGAAGACCUCAGUGUGUGAGAUCCUGAAGUUACUGAGACACAGCGAUCCUCCUGCACCUUCAACUCCUCCUUCAGUCUGAAUGUUUGACACUCGUUUGUACUUUGAAGACACUGAGGCACAGAGAAAGUUUUUUAAAAGUGUGAUGAUUUUUUAAUUAUUAUAUUAAUAUUUUUAAAUAAAGAAAAAAUAUUUUUGAAUAUUUAUAUUCAUAUUUUUUUAAAUAAAGAAAUGUACAAAUUAUUUUUGAACAUUUAUAUUUAUAUAUUUGAAAUAAACAAAAAGAGUAGAUUUUCAUAACUUGCACUCACACUCUUAUAGUUCACUUAAUCUACCACGGUGUCUGGAGCAGGUUCAGAAGGUUUAGGAAAGAGGAAACUGGAGGCAGACUCCAAACGUGCUUUAUUUUAACUUCUCACCAUUUUAUCUAAAUGCACAUUCACACACAGCACACUCUGCUUCGCUCUCCCUCUUUCAGCAGAGAACAGUCAUUUAUGUAAUUUAACACAAGCGUGUGAUCCUUAUCACUCCUUUUCACUUUUGGUUGAUGCUAAAUAGCAUUUUGUUGCUACAUACCUGUACUUUGCAAUGACAAUAAAGAUCUCUCUCUCACACA